AGGCAGCCACUGUAUGGAGAGAGACCGGCACAGAGGUGGACUCGGUCUUGUCUGACACUGAACUGAAAGAAGUCGACCUGCUUAGUUGCGCAGUGAAGCUCAGUGCAAUAGGGCAGUUUUGUGUGGUGAACAGUAUCUCUUUUUCUUUUUUCACCUCAACGUCAUCCUGGUCCUAUGGGUUCACGUUGCACGCAGCAGGAGUAGAGAGUAGAGUACAGGCUUACAACAAGUUUCCAAUGGACAGACGCUUGGAGACGGCUGGCAACGCAACAAGCAUGGGAUUAUUUUUUCUGUAAUGUGGAUUGCUAUUAUUCCCUUGCAAGAAAGUCGAGGUCUGCUGCGGAACAAUGUGAAUCGUUUUGCGUCUUGGAUUCUCGUUUUUCUGGAUAUCUUGAAAAUCAUUGGCAACAGUUGAAGAAGAAGGAAGAAGAAUCAGAAGAAAGAAGAAGAAGAAGUUAUUAUGCGCAAAGGAUUGUACACUGGGACCAACAUGGAUUUGCCAUUACAACCCCUUAGUGCUCCUUAUUUAGAGAAGUUUUAAACCGGUCCACUUGUUUGUUUGUUGUUGUUGUUGGUACUUGCUGUUGUAAAACUUCACAGCCACAUUGCCCUCUUGGAUUUUAUAAAACGUCGCCUUGCCUUUUGGAUUUGGAUUUGUCAAACACGAUGAACUUUAUUGACAGUUUGACACUAUUAUUUUUGACGCUGUCAGCUGUCAAGAGCGCCCACAUACCGAAGGAAACAGGACGAGGUCCACAUGACGUGAUCCCUUUAAUGGAGGUGUACAACAAGAGUUUGUGUAAGCCUCGGGAGCUGCUGGUGGAGAUUCUGCAGGAGUAUCCGGAGGAGGUGGAGCACAUCUUCAUCCCGUCCUGCGUGGUGUUGACGCGCUGUGCCGGCUGCUGCACUGACGAGAUAAUGCAGUGCACGCCAACGUCCAGCUAUAACGUUACAAUGGAGAUUAAAAGAAUAAAACCCCAAAGGCAACAAAAUGAUAUUUUCAUGAGUUUUACAGAACACAGCGCAUGUGAGUGUAGGUUAAGGAAAGAUGUGAAAGAACAGAGAGAAAAAAAAUCCCGGACAGGCAAGGGCAAAGGCCUAAAGAGAAAACGAAAGAAAAACCGCGACAAAACAAUUCACGAUGCUGUUUGUGAGCCAUGUUGUGAUACCUGCUCAGAGAGGAGAAGGCGUUUGUUCGUGCAGGAUCCCGCAACCUGCCGGUGCUCCUGCAAACACACAGAUGAAUACUGUAGAGAUCGCCAGCUAGAGCUCAACGAGAGGACCUGCAAAUGUGACAAGCCAAGGAGAUGAGAGAGGUGGCAGCACCAGAUGUACAAGAUGAAGGAAUAUUCUAGAUAUUUCACAGCACAGCACUUUGACCUUUGAAGCGUAAGCUCUUCUUUUUCUGUGGAAAGCAUUCCCCUUGGACUGACUGAGAGAGAACUAUAAGAAAGACUGAACUGAAGUUUCCUCCCACUGUAUAUAGACCAUGAUAAAAGAAAAAAAGAGUACAGAAUUGUUAUGCUGCUACAGAAACAAAUAACUAAACCCGUCAUUUGACACAAAGCAAAUAGCCGCCAUGUGGUUUUGCAUUACUAACAAGCUUGUUAUGCAGGUGUAGUCUUGUCGUCAAUUCAUUGUAUGCAAUUACUUCACUGGAUAUGAGUCUCUACUGUGGUUGUGUGUCAAUCAUAAAAUUGCAAAACCUCUCAAUCUAAGAUAUAUUUAACUGCUAAAACAGCGGGUGAGGCUGAAGAGGACAUGGGAGCGAACUCUCCUUUCACGAAUGAUGGAUGGAUUUUCAUCGGCCGAUUUCUACUUUCGCAUUUGGAGUAUAAACAGCGGGACAACCGGGGACAGCUGAAUCUGUCCCUACAUUGAUAUCGCUUCCUUUCCUGUGAGGACAAUGCAGGACUGACGUGGACUUACACAAUGUCACCAUUGUGAUCAGCUUGCAGGAGAAGGGACUCCGGAGUGCCAUAUACUUUUUAAAGGGAUACUGGUUGUCAAUAUAGCAUCUAAUGUUUUUGCUAUGUCCUACAUGAAAACCACUGAAAACAUCCUAUACUGUAGUUUGAUUCCAUUUGAAAAACUGUGCCUCACGAAAUGUACUGAGAAAUCUUUCGAGUGCUUUUUAAAUUAUUUUUUUUGUUUCCUUUUUUCAGGAGAGGGGAUUGUCAAAGUAGUAGUUGUUGAACUCAAUACAGAAUCCAUUGAUUACAUAUCUUCUUCUCUGAACUUGUACAUACUUAAUAUCCCUUUAUGCUCUAGUCCAUUCUAGAUAAUUUAUAAUAUUAUAGAGUAUUUUUCAGUAUUCAGUCUUCUACCCAUAUUUAAUUUGGUCUAUUUAUAUAUGCAGUGUUAUGUACCUGUGGCUGUCCUAUCUCCCCCCUAUGUGUAAGGUCACUGAUGGCUACUCUCAGCAUGGAGACUUUCUGUGCUUUUCUACGAAACAAACAAAAAAACUACAAAAAAAAAAAAAAUCAAAAAUGAUUUGUUAACAUUCCCUAAAUGGAUCAUUUGUACUGAUGUACCGAUGACAUCUCUGGAUUUUUUCAACAUCUAAGGUUGUGGGUGCUGUGUAGGAGUUUAACAUGCGUGUAUCUGUGUGUUUGUGUACGUGUGUGUGUGUGUGUAUGAGUGUGUGUUCACGUGCAUUUGCCGAUGCGCACAUCUGUGUGUAGGUGUUAGUAAGUUGUAUUUAAGUAUUUAAAUAAGUAGCGGACCUGUGUUUUGUCCGUCUUGCAAGAUGCAAAUACGAAUAAACUAUUGCUAGCAGCUCAGCAUACACUACCACAACACCACCACCACCAUCACCGUUUUAAAUUUGGAUAACAAUCUGCAUCCUCUUUGCCAUCAGACCCCUCAUUAUUAGUUCUCUUUGUCUCUCCUUCACUAUUAACAUGUUUUCUGUGUCUAUGUAAAGCAGUAAAGCAUAUUUAUUUUCAAAUUAUAUUGUUUUUAUAUAAAAUAAGGAAAAGGUUGCUGUGUUGUGAAUGCUGUGUUUUUAAGAGGUUUAACUAGGCAACAUGAGUUUUUCCCAUGUGUUUGUGCGGCAAGCUGAUACUCGCACGUCUAGUGAGAAUCCCUGCAGAAUGUAAUCUGAAAGAAAACAGAGCGGAGAAGUAAGAAAUUCCUGCACGCUUUUCAUGACAGAGACAGAUAUUCAGCCUUAUGAAUAAAAUGGCACUUUGAA